AAAACUUUAAAAAAUCACAACUGUUUUAGUUGAGAUUACCUUAAUUGCUUUUAAUGUGGAGCAUUGAGAAGUGUGCAAUAAUAGGCUUUUUUUAGGUGCAAAGAUCCUAGACUUAUGUGUUAUAUAUGUCCUCUGUGUUUCCCUUCUGGCUUUCUGCCACUCUACUCUUCUCUUAUUCUACCUUAGCUUUCUAUAAACAUUUUUAACAAGCACCUUCCUUCUUUACUUCUUUGUUCCCUCCAUUUCCCUGUUUGAUUGGAUACUUUUACCAUUUUCCACCACUGCCCCAAUAAAACAAAAAAGUACACAUUUUUUUUUAUAUUUAUGAAAUGAAAGCAUUUUAAGAUACCCCCUCUUGGAGUUUCUUCAAUGUUAUAAGUUCUAGUUUGGCUUUAAACACUUUUCUUGCAUAGUUGACAAAGUUUAUUACUUUCAAGAUUUUGUCAACCCAACUCACUUUCAAGCAUUUUUUUGGGUUUUAAAGAGUGAUGGGGGUCUUCAAGAACUUGUUUAUGUGAUAAAGUUGUUAUCUUUGAUCACUUUGUGUACUCAUUUUCAAGAAAUUUUAGCUUCAAAAGAGUGAUGGGGGUCUUCAAGAACUUGUUUGUGUGACAAAGUUGUUUUCUUUUAACACUUUGUGAACUCAUUGUGUGAUAAAGUUGUUAUCUUUGAACACUUUGUGUACUCAUUUUCAAGAAAAUUUAGCUAAGAUAGGGGUCUUCAAGAAUUCUAACUAGUUUGUCUAUGUGACAAAGUUCUAAACUUUCAAGAAUUUGUCAACUCAUUUUCAAGAAACUUUUUUGUCUACAAAAAGUGAUGAAGGGUUUCAAGAAUUCAAGAUUGUGUGUGUUAGUUAUCUUCUUUCUCCUCCAUUUUGGUGUUUGGUGCAAUGGUGAUACUGAAAACAUGGGAGCUCAAAUGGAGAAAAAUGAGAUAAAUUCUCUUUACUCAACCAUUCAAGGCUUUGUUGGUAAAUGGUGGAAUGGUUCAGAUCUUUAUCCAGAUCCUUGUGGUUGGACUCCAAUACAGGGUGUAUCUUGUGACCUGUUUGAUGGUUUUUGGUAUGUUACUGACUUAAACAUUGGACCUAUACAUGAUAAUUCUCUAAGUUGUGCACCAAAUGUGGAAUUCAGCUCCAAUCUGUUCACAUUAAAGCACCUAAAAUCUCUCACAUUUUUCAAUUGUUUCGUGUCGCCUCGCCAUCAUCCAACUUCAAUCCCAACAGAGAGGUGGGAGUUUCUUGCUAGUAGUUUGGAGUCACUCGAGUUUCGAUCAAAUCCCGGUCUCAUUGGCCAAAUCCCAAGUACAUUUGGUAGACUCAUAAAGCUCCAAUCUUUAGUACUAGUAGAAAAUGGACUCUCUGGUGAAAUGCCACAAAGUCUUGGGAAUUUAGUGAACUUGAAAAGACUAGUUCUUGCUGGAAACAAACUCAACGGCGAAAUCCCGGAUACUUUUGGAAGGUUCACUCAACUUUUGAUAUGUGAUUUAAGCAGAAACAAACUAUCUGGUGUCUUGCCUAAACCAUUAUUUGGAGGUUUGAUCUCACUUUUGAAACUUGAUUUGAGUUACAACAACUUACAAGGCAAAAUCCCACAAGAGAUCUCACAAUUGAAGAAUUUAACACUUUUAGACCUUAGUAACAACAAGUUAUCAAGUGGAUUACCUAAGUCAAUUCAAGAAAUGACAUGUUUGGAGGAGUUAGUCUUGUCAAACAACCCAAUGGGUGGAUUCUUGGAUGUUCUUGAUUGGUAUAGCAUGAUAAAGUUAACAACUUUGGAUUUGUCAAACAUGAAUUUGACAGGUGAGAUACCUAAGUCUAUAGUAGAGUUAAAAAAGUUAAGAUUUUUGGGACUUAAUGACAAUAAACUCAUUGGUAAAAUCCCAAAGAAUCUUGAAAAUUUGCCUAAUGUAAGUGCUAUUUACCUAUAUGGUAACAAUCUGACAGGUGAACUUCAAUUCUCUCAAUGGUUUUAUAGGAAAAUGGGAAGGAGAUUUGGGGCAUGGGGGAAUCAAAAUUUAUGUUACACUUUUGGUUUGGUGUCAAGUGAUGUUCCAUUUGGGGUAAAACAGUGUCAACAAGAACUCAAGUUUGUUAUUGAUGUUGAGAUGAACUCAAGUUUUGUGGAUUUUCAAUCUUCAAUGGGAUAUUUGAAUGAUUGUGGGAUUUGGAGAUGUUUUGUAGUUGAACUAUUCAUGGUUAUUCUACUAUUGUUGAAAUGAAAGGAAUUUGACAA